AUGAACAGUUUGUCGGUUGAAAUAGUCAACGCCAGAAGCAUCUUUGAGUGCAUGGAGUGCCAGUAUAGAAAAGAGGUGCACGGAGUGUUUCGAACCACAAAAAAGCUGACCCCAAAGGACGAGCUGGUCAAGCUGAUGCAGCCAGUCGAGCUGCCAGAGAGAUACGCAAUGUGCUCAGAAUGCCCGUCCACCACCGCCAACUACUACCAGAUGCAGACAAGAAGCGCAGACGAGCCCAUGACGAUAUUUAACACAUGUGUACAGUGCAAGCAUACCUGGAGGGAGUAG